AUGCAGGAGCUCAUCGCCAGCGUGGACCACAUCAAGUUCGACCUGGAACAAGCUGUGGAGCAGCAGCUGGGGGCGCAGCCGUUACCCUUCCCUGGCAUGGACAAAUCGGGUGCAGCUGUUUGUGAAUUCUUUUUAAAGGCGGCCUGUGGUAAAGGGGGCAUGUGCCCGUUCCGACACAUCAGUGGGGAAAAGACAGUUGUUUGCAAACAUUGGCUACGAGGACUGUGCAAAAAGGGUGACCAGUGCGAGUUUCUGCAUGAGUAUGACAUGACCAAGAUGCCUGAGUGUUACUUCUACUCUAAAUUUGGGGAAUGCAGUAACAAAGAAUGUCCAUUCUUGCACAUUGAUCCGGAGUCUAAGAUCAAAGACUGUCCCUGGUAUGACAGAGGCUUCUGUAAACAUGGUCCCCUCUGCAGACACCGACACACUCGAAGAGUCAUUUGUGUGAAUUACCUGGUUGGAUUCUGUCCAGAGGGGCCAACCUGUAAAUUCAUGCACCCUCGGUUUGAACUGCCAAUGGGAACCACAGAGCAACCACCACUGCCUCAACCGACACAAACACAGCAAAAGGUACUCCAUUCCCCUGCCUCCCCUGCACGCCUGUCUUCAUCCUUGAUGCACUUAACGAGACAGAAGUCUUCUCUUACUCAACAGAGGACACCCCAAGUCAUCGGAGUCAUGCAGUCUCAGAAUAACAACACUGGGAACAGAGGACCCCGGCCGUUGGAGCAGGUCACCUGCUACAAGUGUGGUGAAAAAGGUCAUUAUGCCAACAGAUGCACCAAAGGACAUCUGGCCUUUCUCAGUGGACAGUGAAAGAGCAGGAAGAAGAGUGCAGGGGAGCUGU